CGAAUCGUGCGAUUGGAAGUACGAUCGUACUAUGAUCAGAAUACGAUCGUACGAUGCUAAAAAUCCUACGAAUUCCAAUUUCGUAGGAUUCAUUUUGAUGGUCAAAUUACGAAGUUCGACCCUUGAUAAAUCUGCCCCAAAAUGUUUGAAUGGCAUGGAAAUAGAGCUAUAUUUGACAGACAAAAUAAUGGAAUGAGCAACAAUUAUGGAAGAAUAAAGAAUGGGGUAAAUAAGGAUUUGAAUAGGGGUAGGAGAGGGGGAGAGAAUAGAAAUUUGGACAGGAAAGGCCAAGGUGAUAGUGGAAAUAACCUAUUGCUGGGAGCAGAUAGAGAGGGUCAUUUAUCUAUACAAAUAAAUAUGCACCAUUAGAAUUAGUGGAAAAGAUGGCCCUUUUGGGGGGGGAGGCUAAUGGGUGCAAGACCUAAAAGGACAUGUUUACAGAGGGAGGGUGGACGAGAGAGAGGUAAAAAGAAAAAUAUGAACACACUCCCACCACCCAAACAGUAAAGGUAGAAUAGAAAGUAAGGAGAAAGAAAGUUAUAUUCAACCUCUCAAAAUACCAAUUGUCUAAUGAGAAGAUUUCUCUUUUAGGUGAAGGGCUUAAAUUUGCUCAGAGAAAUGGAAUUUAUACUUUUGAAGUGUUUACGGAUAUACAGAAGUUUAUAUUGAAUCUCAUUUCUGUUUUUGUUUCCUUUUUGCAGAUGAUAGGACUGCUAGAAUAAUAAGAAAUUAUAUCAGGAAUGAAAUAAACUCAAUACAAUUUAAAGAUAUAAACAUGUUCCAGAAUCAAAUAGCCAAAAUAGGAGAAAAGGCUAAGGAGGCGAUGAUAAAAGCCUUGGAUGAAUUCAGAGAGCUAGCUUGCAGUAUUGAUUGCCCUGCGACCGAAGGACCAGUAAUUGACGCAUUCACCUGUAAUUUGAUAAUGGAGGAGCACUGUUAUGGCGGAGAAGCGUGUGGAGAUAAAACUUAUUAUGAAGCAGAAAGGCGAGACAUUAUUAUCUUCAUUGCUGUUCUAGGAACAUUUGCCAUUUUGGUGUGCUCUUUUCUGUGCUUCACAAUUUUUCAUUAUUGUCAGAAAAUUAAGGCAUGCACUGAAAUGUGCAAUGGAGCUGACAUAGAACUUGGAGGAACAAAAUCCAAAGGAACUGAAGACAAUGGAGGGGAGAAGGGAAUAACUACAUUAGAAAAUGAAUCAGAAACAGAAAAAAGUCAAAGUCAAAAAACAGAAGAAAGUGAAAGUGAUGAAUCAGAAGAUAACAGUUCAGAGUCAAAUACUUGAAUAACAACGCAAUAUCUGACUAUUCCCUUUCUUGACCAAAACUUUCAGCAAGAUGGAGAAGUUGCACAGACUCAAACAAUGUUCCCUCGAAUCUCUUCUUGGUCAUGUGCACACCUUUAAAUAACUGCACAUCAAAAUGAAGUUUUCACACAAAAUUAUUUGUAAGCACCAUAAUUCAUUGUGUGCACUCCCAUCAAAAUUUGUGUUCGGGCACACGAGCGCACAACUUAGAGGGAACAGUGGACUCUAUUGAAAGAUAGAGAUUGGAGACUUAUGUGACGUACAGGCAACUUACAAACAACGGGAGACCCUGUAAUUUACCCUCACUUUCUAAUUAAGGGUAGAACUGCAUGUCAGAUUUUGUAUUUAUUUCACCUUAAUUUCCUAACUGUAUUGUUUUAUAGUAAACAAAUAAAUAAAUAAAAAAAAUCUUAAA